GAUAGAUAGCAAAAUAUAAAAACUGGGAUUUGUAAGGUCUAAGCUUGCAAGGUUUUCAAAAAUAGGAUCAUAUGGGUACUGUAUACUGUAUAUUGGAUAAUAUUAUCUGAAAUAUUCAUUAUAUCAUUUAAAAGUAGCAAACAAUGAAUUCAACAUUGAUCAUUGUUUUGUUUUCAUCGGGGAAUAAAAGUAUGAAUUAAAAAUAUUGACAUCUGUGGGGUCCUUAAUUUUAUUGCUUGGCAACUCACACGCUGUCUGACAUCAGACAUGACAAGAGUUGGUUUAUCAAUGAGGGCGAUGUAUUCUUUAUGUUUUGAUUUUUAUAAAAUUUCUAACAAUUAAAAGUGGGUUUUAGUUAUUAAGAUUAUGUGAUUUAAUUUUAAUUUUAAGUGAAAAGUGCUUAAGUAUUAGGAUAAUUUCCUAAAAGUGCUACAUUUAUGAAAGUUUGGUCCUAAUCGUUAAACAAGGAAUUGCUCAUUGAUUAUUCACUCGAUAUUCCUAAAAAUAGCUAAGAUAUAAGUAAAGUUUGAAUAUGGGUGAUAAAGAAGAUUAUUUGACGUCGUAUCGAGUGUUUUUCGAGAACUUUGCGGCCACUGUGAAUCCCGAGGACCAGCUACCGGUUCACAUAGCUGGUUAUACCAUUACCGAAGCUGAACUGCCUGGCGAAGUACUUUACUGGACGACUCAAUAUUUGACAGAAAAACAAUGCCCACAAACGCUAAUGACGCCUCUGCGGCGGAUAAUACUUGACGAGGUGCAAGCAGCAUCGAAGAAGCAACCCAACGAGUUCGGAUACAAAUCCGACGAAUCAGUAUACAUAGCCCUCCGACUGAUGCAAGCUGUAACUGCGCGCGUGAACAACGUGUGCCUGCGCUAUUUAGACAAUGCCCGACUGGACACACUGCCCCCGCCCCCGCCGCUUGCGCAGAGAGACCUCAAGACAGUGUCAUGCGCGACAAAGAAUUCCAGACGAGUCAUGGAGGAUCGGCAUGUCGAGAUUGGAAACUUGGAGGCCCUGUUUGGUAUCGAGACGACAGAGCCGACGAGUUUCUACGCGGUGUACGACGGGCACGCGGGCUCGGCGGCCGCCACCUACUGCGCCGCGCAUCUGCACCAGUACUUAGUGGAGAGCCCGCACUUCACCAUCGACCUCAGGAGAGCGAUGCGCGACGCCUUCCUGCGGACUGACGCUGAGUUCAUCAGGAAAAGUAAUCAAGAGCGCGCGUGCGGCGGCAGCACGGCGGUGUGCGUGUCGGUGCGCGCGCGGCGGCUGCUGGCGGGCUGGGCGGGCGACUCGCAGGCGCUGCUCGCCAAGCGCAUGCGCCUCAUGCAGCUCGUGCACCCGCACAAGCCCGGCCGGCAGGACGAAAAAGAUCGAAUAGAGUCAUCAGGUGGAACGGUGAUGUACUGGGGCACGUGGCGGGUCAACGGACAACUCGCCGUCUCGAGAGCUAUUGGUGAGUAAUUUAAUAUUGUUUAUCUUAGGGUUACCUACUGAUUAUGCAAAAAUUUUAGUGUA